UAAACAUUAAACUCAAUUAAACUAUUCUAUGGUAACUCACCUUAGAUAACGCAUGCGCAAUUAAAUCCUGAAAAUAGAAUCUUGAGCUCGCGAUCUUAACGUCACCAAGAAGGAAUGAUAUGUUUUUAAACAAGCUUCGAUCUCAAUUAUUGAAAUCGCUGUAAAUCGUGUCACAAUAAACACAUAAUUGUUUUCAUCAUCUUUCUUCGUACUCGAUCACCAUUAACAUUUAACACCAUGGUUUUCACGAGGAAUCAAAAAUUCCCUUCGGACGAAGAGUUAACAGUUCAAGAAAUAAAUGUUAGCUGGCCUAUUCUACAGGCUGCUUCUGUCUACGUGGGAAAGAAAUGCGAAUGGGAUAAUAACGAGUUUAUAUUAUGUAAACAAGAGCUGAAGGAUCCUCGUAAAUGCAUCCAAGAGGGGAAGAAGGUAACCGCCUGCGCGAUGGAGGUGUUCCAAGGUAUUAAGAAACACUGUGCGGAAGAUUUCAAUCGCUACGUAAGGUGUCUGGAACGAUCCUCUGGCACCAUGGAACUCUCCCUGUGCAGGAAUACCCAAGCAGUACUUGACGAUUGCGUUCUGAAGAACAUGAACAUCGAACGGCCUUCCUUCGGGUACUUCUGUGAAGCCAAGGUGCAUGACUCGCCAAGACCAGCGCCGCAGCCUGCCAAAGAGGAAUAUCCAGAUCGUACAUGUCCAGUUGUGGAGCCUCCAUAUCCCAAAGCAAAAUACAGUUCCCGUCAUUGGUGGGCUGUAUAGGUGGCGUCUGCCAGAAAUUUUGUAUAGUAAUCGCGAUACGUACUACGAAGUUGGAAGAACGAGAGCUAAUAUUUACAUUUGUUCCAUUCUGUAUCGGAAAUGAGUAAGAGUCCAUAUGAUGGAAAACUGUAGAUUACGAGGAAGAAAUAAAUAUAAUUGUUUGGUUGGA